CCACAGGGCGUGGGCCCUUUAACUCUUAGAACAAUGCAGCUGAUUGGUCAGCAGAAUCAGGUGGCGGCUCGCCAUCCAAUCACAGAGCUCAACAUUGAUACGUGUCCGCGCUGGGUUCUUUUCAGCAGGAAGAAUCGCCUCCGUUUAUUUACCGUCACAGUGAGCAGCACCUGACACACAGCGUGUCUUUAUUUAAUUCACGUAUAAAUGAUAUAAAUAUUAACCUGUGAAUGACGUCAGUCAGCUGCCGCCUCGGAGCCGUGACGUGUUUCCUGCUGUUCAUGUCUGUUCACCGUGAGACUGACGGAGGAGAAGCUAACGCGACUGCUAGCCGCUAACGUUAGCCGUUAGCCGCUCGGAGCCGGUGACCGUCAGAGUUGGUCGUUGCAUGGGUGAGUGACAGUCAGCCAUGAGUGCGGAGCCGGACGCCCUGGCCGUGGUCAACCAGCUGAGAGACCUGGCCGCCGACCCCAUGAACCGCCGGGCCAUCGUCCAGGACCAGGGCUGCCUGCCGGGACUCAUCCUGUUCCUGGACAACCCCAACCCUCAGGUGGUCUACUCCGCCCUGCUGGCGAUCCGGUACCUGGCAGAAUGCCGAGCCAACAGGGAGAAGCUGAAGGGGGAGCUGGGGAUGAUGCUGAGCCUCCAGAACGUCGUACAGAAAGCGACGACUCCUGGAGAGACGAAGCUGCUGGCGUCUGAGAUCUACGAGCUCCUGCAGGCGUCCAGCAGCGCCGACUCUGAGCCGGCCGAGGAGGCCGUCAGCAGCCGCCGCAAAGCCCAGUUCUUCCUGGGCUCCAGCAACAAGAGGGCCAAGACCGUCAUCCUCCACAUCGACGGACUGGACGACUCGAGUCGGAGGAGUCUGUGUGAGGAGGCUCUGCUGAAGAUCAGAGGAGUCAUCAGCUUCACCUUCCAAAUGACCGUGAAGAGAUGCAUCGUCCGAAUCCGAUCAGACCUGAAGGCCGAGGCUCUGGCGUCUGCGAUCGCCUCCACUCAGGUGAUGAAGGCUCAGCAGGUGGUGAAAGGAGAGAACGGAGACGAGGUUUUGAUCCCGCUGGCGGAGGACGGUUCGGUGGAGGUGGAGCAGAAUGUGGACCUGCCGGACUACCUGCCGGAGGACGAGAGCCCGUCUCAGGAACCCGACAAGGCGGUGAGCCGGGUGGGAUCCAGCCAGGAAGGGAACAGCUGGCUGGGCGCCGCCACCAACUUCCUGUCCCGGUCCUUCUACUGGUGACCCUGUGGGGCCACCGCCCACUCAGUCAAUCAUCCCGCCUCCUCUCAGAACCAAAAUCUACCUGUUGCCAAAUCUCACCGCUGUCUGUCUCAGUCAGAGAGACGAAGACCGAGACAGAUCCUCUAACAAUGAGUGUAAAAAAAAGAGCGUGCAGCACUUAACCACUGCGGUGAAAACAGGCUGCUGUUCCAGGCGGGAGGAGCCCAUCCAAUAAAAACACAGGACUGGGGUUUCAGUUUGAGGUGAGACGACGUCCUCUCUGCAAACGGGUCCAUCUGUUUCAAACCAAAUUGUCUUAAUGGACAGGAAGUGUCCUGCAGCGACAUGAACAAACACCAAUGAGUUAGAAUAAAGAGGACCAAACGGGAUGUCCCUCUCUUCCCUUUUAUUAUUUAUUUAUUUGACCAACAGACUGAGCGACUCUUCUGCAGUUUGACGUGAUUUUAAGGACAAGCAGUUGGAGUUCAGUCAGCGGUGCCUUCAGUCCCUCUGAUCCUCCGUCACCUCAGGCUGCAGCUAACUGUUGUUCAUUAUCAUUCAGUCACGGGUUCAUCGACUGUCUGAAAACAAUGGUGACAAACGCUCAGAGCAACAUGUUCAAUUGAUCCGCCUCAGUACACUCUUAUCAUGCCCCAUCAAUGCUCAAAACAAAAAUAAUAAAAUCCUCCUCACCCUUAAUACUGAACUUUUUCAAAGCAGCUUCUUUAUCACUGUAACUGUGAUUAAACCUCAGGAGUCGUAUUCACAAACAUUCAGAGAAAACUCACAGAGCUCUGAAGCCUAGAUAUUUUCAGUAAGGAGUCAGAGGUCAGGAUUAUUUAGUAAAGUUCUCAGAGGGACAGAGACUGUGACCUCAGUGAGGAGGUGUGGUCGGCCCUGUCGUUAAGGGUGACACAUUCCUUUAACAGAUGUGAUUGGUUGUCAGUGACACGCCCCUCUGUGAGUCUGUAAGGUGUGAGGACACCCAGUGGACAUGAGAUGAACUGCAGACUGUGAAAGUGUUGCCAACAGCUGUGUCUCAGUUCAGGGGCUGUGGCCCUGAAGGACGUGGCCUUCGCAGCCGAUGUCGACUCUUUCUUCACUCUUUCACGCUUUCUGUCAAGCAACUCUUCAUACUAGGAGGCUUUGUGAAUACGGCCCCAGAUGUUUGAGGUGUCCUAAUAAAUGUUUUUAAAUGGCGUCUGCCAACCAUCCCAGAGUAUUUCCUGGAUAUCCUGUGGACGCAGGCGCCUCAGGUUCAGAUUUUUACAGGUUCAUGUAAAUUCGAAGCUCUGGGAACAGAGCCAGGCAUUUAAACCAAUGUUACAUUGUGGCCAAAAAUGGAAUUACACCAUUCGGGUCCGUCACCUGACGCCCUCCAGACCAUAAACACCCAUUUUUCCUGCAGACUUGCGUUGUGAAGGAGAUGUCUGUAAAUCAGUGGAUAAAUUAUUAUGAGCCUCAGAGAAAUGACUUGUUUCACUAUCAGGAUUUGAUCCAUUCACUCCAAUAACAUUUGAGAAGUCUAAAAGAGCCGCACCAUCAAAUCAUUUUAUAGCCAUUCUAGUUAGCUGUUCAGCUGCUGUUCAGUCUCCAGUGCGCUGGCUCUGUGGGCUGCACACUGUGGACGAUACAGGUCAUUUCAUACCGAGGAAAUCAUGCUUUCUGGCUUCGUGCACCGCUGAGCAACUUUAAUGGGAAUGAACAGGCCCUGCCUCCAACGCUGUGUCCAGGUGUCUUUAAACAUCCACGCUGGAUGAACAUCGUUCUGAGUGUUUGUCAUCAUUUCUGACAGAGUGAAAUCUAAAGCAGACCAACGGCGAGCUGCAGCCUUCCUCGGUGGAGUUAAAGGACAAUGAACAGAUCUGAGGUCAGAGGGACGGACUCGUUACUGAAAGGUCACAGGUUUGAUUCCUUGUUACUGCUGAGAGAACAGUGCUUUACUUUUAUUUCCAGUGUUUACACCAGUGUCCCCGAAUGAACGCCUUCACACUGAACUUUAUUUAAAAUGUCCUUGUGGAUCAAACUCCUGCUUCACGUUUAAACAUGGUGGUGUUUUAUGGAGCAAUGUUACUGAACUGUAUUCUUAUUUAUUGUUGGUGAUGUGACAGGGAAUCAUUUCUGCACGGUUUAAUCUGAGUGUGUUUUUAACUGAGACUUUGAAAAGAAACAACAACCCCAGAGAUCAUCUGUACCACAGGCUGUACGUAAAGAUGGACGACGCGUCUCCACUUCCUCCCACUGUACAAAAAUGAAGCCAGAAUGUCCUGAUACUGCCGCUGCCAUCUUGUUCUGGUGACGUCAUUUGGAGCCAGAGUCUGCGCCGUACAGAUCUCUGCGAUAUGCCGUACAGAUCUCUGCGAUAUUAAGUUUUCGCCCAUGCACCCGGCGUGCACACUGCUUGGCUCACACAGCCAUCAAUCAUGAUGUCACAUCCUCCUUUUUAUAACUUUAAAUAACCAAUUAAACCCAAACUGAUUGACCCAAGUUCACAAAAAGAGUCUUUGGGAAAAAUUUCUGUUCUUUGAGUUUUCAGUUUGGCUCCCAUCCGCUAACAUGGAGGGGGCGGGGUUUAUGACCUGUGCUGCAGCCAGCCACCAGGGGGAGAUUCAGAUGUUUUGGCUUCAAUUUUAGGGAACUAUCAUGUUGUCCAUCUUUAUACACAGUCUGUGGUUUGCGCAAGGAGCUUUUUUUGAACCAUAUUUACCGCUAUUGUUAGGUGGCGACUUCUAGUGGCCGUAGUCAUUAUGAUGGGAGAUAAGACAGGAAGUCAGCUGAUGCCGUAUAAAGAGCGACAAAGUGUGUGUAGACAGGAAGUGGAUGAAACACAUGACUUUGACCUAGGAGGUCACUGUGUCCCGUCUGAAACCAAAAGUCAGCGUUUUUUAACCGACGUACGUAAGUUAACCUACGUCAGGUACACACAGGGCUGAGCAGUGUUUACAACAUUAAGAUACCAGAACUCUUAAAGUGAUACUCAACCAAUAAAGAACGUCAUUUGAUACCUUUUUCUACGUCAUUUCGAUAAUUAUGUGAAUGGAAGCUUUAAGUUGCCUAAAUCGUCACCAAAGUUUCUAAUGCUUCGGUGGCGUGUCGGCACACUGACCACCGCGCUCGUCUUCAUCGCACCAGACUGUUUGGGUUUUGUGGGCCAAUGACACGUCACAUUAAAUCAAAGAACGCAGUGAUUGGCUUCGAGCAAAACCAUAAAGGAUCAAAUGCAGGUAUGAUUUGACUUAAGGAGAUUUGAUCCUACCUGGUACUGAGUUAUUUCAGUCGAUAAGAGUUCAGAUACUCAGCCCUACGUACGGAACAUACUUUGAGCUCCAGUGUGUCGGAUUUAAAUCUAAUCUAAUGGUUGUGUUCUCGUUACCUCAGAAUGAGACGAACUCUGUAGAUGAGGACCUGCUCCCUAUGUAGACAUAAACAUCUCAUUCUGAGGGAACGAGAACACAACAUGAGAUCAGGUUUGGAUUGGACACACUGGAGCUUUAAGUUCUGUCAUUAAGGUGUGAGGAAGUGUCGAUCUGUAAUUUCAGAAACGCUCCUGUGGGUGGUGUUAAAGAGGAGGAACAAACCACCUGUGAGGUCGGACAUGUUGGAGGACCUUUAGUUUUCAGACAGAGCAGAAAAUAUUGGAGCAGGUUAGAAUGAUGUCAGGUGUGUUUAAGAAGCAUCUCCGAGCUUUUGACAUUAAAGGCCUUCGCACAUUGAGUCUGUUUUGUCGCAUGUCCAUAAAUAAGUACGACCUCACAUUGUGUCAUGUUCACACUCUGAGCCCAGCAGUUUCACCCGUCAUUAAACAUCGUGGAACAGCUUCAGUUUCCUGCGUUUUUCGCUUCCGUCAGAGUCUUUAGAGACGUCUGACCUCUAAUCAGUGAAGACAAUGUGGCGGCAGGUCACAGUCAUGAUCAUUUCAUAACUCUGACAGCGACUGUCAACAGGUCAGAUAGUGACAUUCAGGAUGAUGAUGAUGACGAGGAGGAGGAUGUGGACCACACAUAGCUCCGCCCCUUCAUGCAGCUGUGGUGACAAAUGAAAGAUGGGGAGGAAGUGAUGUCAGAUAGGUAACUCCAGUAACGAGAGAGAGGAAAUGUGUCUUUUCAUUUUGUCACGUGUUGUGAAUUUUCACACCAGAAGAAUAAAACACAUCUCAAUCUGUGUGUAACAA